CUAAGCCGACUUUAUAUGGCAACAAACGCCUCCUUGAUCUCGAAGAGAUACAUAUUGUACAAAUGGUUCGUAGAACUCGAUCUGGAUUACUUGGAAAGGAGAGGAGGCGAGACAAUAACUUGUGAAAACGCCGAAAGCGGAUCGAAAGAGGAGGAAAGCCCCGCAGACACUCUGGAUCGUGUCAAAGUUGUGUUUCUCGGUGCACCCAGGGUGGGAAAGUCCAGCAUAAUUAGGCAAUUCGUGUGGAGCGAAUUCAGCGAGGAAUACAAGCCAACCGAACGUAGAGAGACUUUCUAUCCGAGCGUGGUACUUGCCGAUCGAUUGUAUGAACUAAAAAUCACGGAUCUACCAAUGAUCCCGUAUUUUCCGGUCAGCUCGCACCUCGAAUGGACGGACUUUCGUUAUUACGGAUUACGAAGUGCGAACGCUUACGUUCUCGUAUUCGAUCUCAGCAACCAGGACACGUUUCAGCACAUUAGAAUGUUACGAGAUCAAAUCUACGAAGCACGAGACAUGAGGGGCGUACCGUUAUUGGUAGUUGGGAACAAACAAGACGAAUUGUCGCCUGCGGCUGCUUCCGGAACUCGCUACAGGGACAUCGUUAAUCUCGUUCGAAAGCACUGGCGAUGCGGCUACGUGGAAUGUAGCGCCAGAUUUAACUGCCGUGUUGUGCAGGUAUUUCGUGAAUUAAUGAAGAGUAUUCAAGCUGUAGAAGGACGACCACCUUCCCCGACGCCUGCACCUUCGCAACCCUUACGAUCUCACUCGCAUGACACCAGCGAAAAAUGUAUUCUUCUCUGACAUUGAAGCCAGAAAAUCAACGUGCUCGAUUUUUGCGACCACAUUAUCAAAAGAAGUUGCUUCUAUCCAUACCACGAUACAGGGUCGUAGAUUUUUUGAGCCAGAAAUGGAAAAAUCAAUUUCAUCGUGAACAAUUAUUUCCGGUGUCAUCUAACGGAAUUGUAAUAUGAAAUAAGAAUACACGAAGUUCAUCAAUCGAUAAUGCAGUAACUGAUAACGAAUGCGGUAUUGUAAUUAGUCGAAACAUUGAGAUCUUUCAUCGAAAACAUGAAAAGAUUCUAAACGUUUUUAUCAUUUUUAUAAA